ACAUCAACCUCCACGUGUGACUGUCUCCACAGGAUCUCCUUGAAGAAGUCACGCAUGCGCCUCAGGCUCUGUGACAGCUUUCCACCGAGAGCCGUUUAUUGUUGAUAAGCUCUGUGGGCCAUCCGUUCAAACAGCAUCGGGACAUGCCGCGGUAUGAGCUGUGUGUGAUCCUGAAGGCGAUGCAGAGGCCGGAGACGGCGGCGGUGCUGCGGCGCACGGUGGAGACGCUGCUCGAGCGCGGCGCUCUGGUCAGGAGUCUGGAGAGCCUCGGCGAGCGCAGGCUGCCCUACAAGAUCUCCAAACACGACUCUCGCCACACGCACGGCGGAUACUUCUCCGUCGACUUCCACGCCUCGCCGAAGACCGUCAGCGAGCUGCUAGAUCACCUGGAGCGGGACAUUGACGUGCUGCGCCCCACAGUUUUAAAGAAAGACACGGAGCUUUCCAAGGCGCAGUGCUGUGGGGCACAAGCUGAGAAAGCUAAGAGUGCCACAUCCAGAUAAAUGACUGUGAAGAUGGGCUCAUCUGCUGGAUUAUAUGAAUGGACUUUUGCAACAAGUUGAGCUAGUAAAUGUCAGCAUCCUUUUUAUGCAUUUACGGCAGCUAUUUAUGUGAUGUGUGUUUCCACAAAGAACACGACCUCUUUGCAGGAUCAGCAUUUUUGGAGUAUUUAAUUUUAAUAUGACAAAUUCUACUGCAAUGAUUGCAUGCUCAUAAAUAAAUAACAUUAAAAAAAA